CAAUUUCGUACCCGUCCACCAACCACCAUGACAGGCUCGGCCGGCGAUGGCUUCGAGCCAAAGAGCACGCUCGAAUACGCGGGCAAGGCCGCCCUCCAAGGCGCCGCCAUAGGCACCGUCAUGUCCGGCGUCCAGAACGCACUGCAGCACCACUCCCACGGCGCCCUGGGUAUCUUCACCCGCACCGGCAGCACCAUUGGCUUCUUCGCGGCGAUGGGAGCGACAUUUGCAGCGACGGAGGCGUACGUGGGGAACAUCCGGAAACGGAGCGACUACUGGAACGGCGUCGCGGGCGGAUGCGCGGCUGGUUUCCUCGCAGGCGUGAGGGCACGCUCAAUUCCCCUUGCACUCGCUUCCAGCGCUGGUCUUGGCGCCAUGAUCGGUCUGUUCGACUACACCGCGGGCGUCACCGGGGAGCCAACCCUCACAGCGGAAGAAAAGCGGAGACGGUUCUUCAAGCAGCCUCCUCAACCCAUUGUAGCAGCAGAAUGAUUACUCUCGCUUGGUACACCUGCCGUAUAGACCAGCAUAAUCUCAACAUCCUCGCCGGA